AAGACAACAGAGUUUCAUGAAUAACAAUCAGUCUUGAACUAGCAUUCUCAAACAGAGUAACUUACAAAUUCUUAAAAUUUACAAAACCCAUAUCUCAUUAUUGAAAUGUCUUUCAAAACUUUAAUAUUUUUUGGACUUUUGGCUGUUGCUUUGGGAUUUACUCUUCCUGAAGAAAAUACUGCAAACUUAGAAUCUGAAUGGGUUUACGGAGAUGUAGUACCAGUAGCUGAAGAUGUUGUUCUUGUGAGGAAAGCACGAUCACCUCAAGGAUCUGUGAGCGGUAUUUUCGAACACAGCCGUCCGAUGGGUUCAAGUGCAACAAUUGAUUACAAUCAUCAAUUGAGUAAGAAUUUUGAUGUCUAUGCUGGAGCUUCGAGGAAUUUCAAAUUUAACGAUAACAGUGGUCAUGCUGGAUUAAGAUAUAGAUUUUAAGUUAAUAUAUUUACUGAUUAAAAAAAAUAUAAUUUAUUGUAAAAUAA